CUUGCAAAAAAAGCUCUGGAACUGGUCUGUCCAAAUUUCGUUCACUUCUCAUCACAAGCCGCCAAACUGGAUCCCCGAGGCGGCUAUAAUCUGCUAGAGAACAUGAGCGAAGACGCUCAUGAUGCCCCCGAAGUGGUCGAAGGUAGCGGAGCAGAUGGAUUGAUUCCAACAUACGACGUCACGGCAAAGAUGCCGCAAAGAAUGCACCAGUACCCAGCAUAUGGACAUCAAGGCCCCCCCAGCUUUCAGGAGGAUCGGCAAUACACGUCAGCAUAUGGGAAACACGAUGAGAAGCUCGCAGGUGUCGGUCUCACAGAAGUAUCAGCACACUCUCAGUCCAGCAGCAGUAAACGGAAACGCGUGAUAUGGAUCAUCACCGCAGCCAUUCUUCUCGCUCUAGCCAUAGGUCUCGGCGUCGGCCUCGGCGUCGGACUCUCCCAGAAAAGCAGCACGACAACCUCCACCGCGAGCAAUAACAGUGAAGAAGCCACAUCUGACUCCAACAACAACACAUCAACAUCACCAACUACUACCUCAACAACAACCACCACAACCCCCACCACGUCCGCAGUAACAUCCGGCUCCACCGGCCUCGCCCAAUUCUCCUGCAACAGCACCGAAACCACCCUCUCCCCGGGCCACAGCGUCCCCUAUAUCCAAGAAUGCUACACCCAAUACCAAACCAACCACCCUUCCUACUACAGCACUCCCUCCCACAACAUCACCAUGACGAACCUCGGAGGCAAAAUUACCGUCUACACUUUUCAAGACUGUCUCGACAAAUGUGACGAAUGGAAUCUUUCUUCUGCCGGAGAAGGAGGAGAUGGAGGAGGACAACCGGCGUGCAGAGCCGUGACGUAUUAUGCAAAUUUAACUGUCCCCAUACAACGAUAUGGAGGGAAUUGUUUUUUGAAAAAUGAUCGUGGAUACGGGUAUCAGAAUGAUGUGGUGGAUUAUGCGCAUAUGGCGAGUGCGUAUCAGGGGUGUUUGAAUCGGACUUGUUUUGCUGGGGUGGAUGAGUGAGAUGGGGGUAAUGUUUUUUUUUUUGUUUUUGUUUAUUGUGGUGGUGUAUAUGAGUGAGAGAGGGUUGUUGAGCGAGAUUGAAUGAAAUGGUGGGAUUGGACUGGGUUGAUCUAAAGAUGAGAAAAAGAAAGUUAGCUCAGAUUCCUGUUACAAGAAAC